UUGGUCCCGAGAUCGCAUGGCGCGCGCGCUGGGGCCCGAGCGGCGGCUCCUGGCCGUCUACACCGGCGGCACUAUCGGCAUGCGGAGCGAGCACGGCGUGCUUGUCCCUGGGAGUGGCCUAGCCGCUGUCUUGAGGACACUGCCCAUGUUCCAUGAUGAAGAGCACGCCCGGGCCUGUGGCCUUCCUGAGGACACGCUGGUGCUGCCGCCCGCCAGCCCCGCGCAGAGAGUCACUUACACGGUGCUGGAGUGCCAGCCCCUCUUUGACUCCAGUGACAUGACCAUCACUGAGUGGGUUCAGAUUGCCCAGACCAUCGAGAGACACUAUGGGCAGUACGACGGCUUUGUGGUCAUCCACGGCACGGACACCAUGGCCUUUGCAGCCUCUGUGCUCUCCUUCGUGCUGGAGAACCUGCAGAAAACCGUCAUCCUCACUGGCGCCCAGGUGCCCAUCCAUGCCCUGUGGAAUGAUGGCCGGGAGAACCUGCUGGGGGCCUUGCUCAUGGCCAGCCAGUACGUGAUCCCUGAGGUCUGCCUGUUCUUCCAGAAUCAGCUGUUUCGGGGCAACCGAGUGACCAAGGUGGACUCGCGCAGGUUCGCGGCCUUCUGCUCCCCCAACCUGCCCCCUCUGGCCGUUGUGGGUACCGACGUCACAAUCAACCGGGAGCUGGUGAGGAAGGCCCGAGGGAAGGAUCCGCUGGUGGUGCACAGCAGCAUGGAACGGGACGUGGGCCUGCUGCGCCUCUACCCCGGGAUCCCCGCGGCGCUGGUCCGGGCCUUCCUUCAGCCGCCCCUGAAGGGCGUGGUCAUGGAGACCUUCGGCUCGGGGAACGGGCCCACCAAGCUGGACCUGCUGCGGGAGCUCCAGGCCGCAGCCGAGCGGGGCCUCGUCAUCGUCAACUGCACUCACUGCUUGCAGGGCUCCGUGACCUCUGACUACGCAGCUGGCAUGGCCAUGGCAGGAGCGGGCAUUGUCUCCGGCUUCGACAUGACAUCGGAGGCCGCCCUGGCCAAGCUGUCCUAUGUGCUGGGCCAGCCUGGGCUGAGCCUGGACGGCAAGAAGGAGCUGCUGGCCAGGGACCUUCGGGGGGAGAUGACGCUGCCCACCGGGGCCGAGCACCGGCCUUCACUGAGUUGCAGUGCGCUGGGCCGGGGGAUUGCCCAGCUCCUCACUCUGAGCCAGGAGGCCGAUGCCGUACGGGAUGCUCUGAUGCCGAGCCUGGCCUGUGCUGCGGCCCACGCGGGCAACCUGGAGGUGUUGCAGGUGCUUGUGGAGCUGGGCAGUGACCUGAGCCUAGAGAACUUUAACGGUCAAACUCCUCUGCACGCGGCCGCCCGGGGAGGCCAGGCCGGGGCGGUCAGCAUGCUGCUGCGGGGAGGGGUGCACGUGGGCCCCCGGGACGAGGACGGACUGAGCCCGCUGCUGCUGGCCGUGAAGGGCAGGCAUCGGGGUGUCAUUGAGCUGCUGAGGGCAGCUGGGGCCUGCCUGUCCCCCCGGGAGCUGGAGGACGUGGGGACAGAGCUGUGCAGGCUGGCGUCCAGAGCAGACCUUGAUGGCCUUCAGUCAUGGUGGCAGGCGGGGGCUGACCUGGGCUGCCCGGGCUACGACGGGCGCAGUGCCCUGCUUGUUGCAGAAGCAGCUGGGAACCUGGAAGUGGUGACCUUUCUGCAGAAGCUCCAGGGUGGGGCUGGUGCACAGGCCCCAGGCCCAGCCACUCUGUGACACACCUCACAGCACUGGAAGGCCCCAGCUACGGCCAAGAGGUUCCUUGAGCCUGGAGGGGCCCUCAGAUCCCUCUCCUGCGUGUACCUGCCCAUGCUGCCCCACCCCACGGGGCCAGCUCCCCGCAUGGGGACCCACUGGGCCGGGUGCUCCCCCACUGCCUCCCAGGGCAGGUGGGCCAGGUCCCCAGCUCACAUCUCCUUCCCCCACUCCCAUCAUCUGGCUGUCCAGAAGACUCUCCAGUCUGGCUGGAUUUGCUCAGGUCCUUGGGUGCCUCCCUAGGAAAGGCUGGGCCCCACUGGUGAGGUGCCCGGGCUUGCCUGUCUGCCCUUCCCUCAUACACCACCAGUGCCACAGGAGAGAGGUCUCUUGGGAGACGUCCUAUUUUCAGGAAGUGCUGCCUGGUGUCUAACCUGAAGCCGUCCUGCUGCAGCGUAAAUGUGACCUGAUGGAGGGACCGCAGGCACCCCAUGGCUCUGACUGCGAUGUGCCCCCGCUGCUGGGACUGCUUCCCUCUGUUUCCGAGACUCAGCCUGAAGGUUUUGUUGGGCAGAGUGGCAAUAAAAUCUCUCUG